CUUGACGAAAACGGCUUCCCAGAUGAUAAACUCCUCUCUGCGUCUCUGGACGGUGUGGGCUGGGACAACGCAGGAGCUGACGACGAGGAGCCCUCGCUUUCUGCGUACGAUGCGAUCUCCCUCCUGUGCUACCGCAGCGGUGCAUCCAUACCCUCGGAAUGGGCUGGUGGAGAGGAAGGCGAAUGUGACGGAUCAAGGGAGGGAAGCGAGGCGUCAUCCACGGUGCUUGAACGCGAAGGCACAAUCGCUACGUCGGGCGACGAUGUUGCGGAGGCGACUCCCGCCAUGCGUCGCAUGGGCUUCAGCGGAUGGGGCUGCGAUGCCGCCAGCACAGAGUGUGUUCCCGUGACCCCCUUUUCAUACGGAGACCUUACCGUGGUUGAUACCGGUAACAUGAAAGCAAGGAAGAUCAAGUUCAGCGAUUGGAUGGUAUUGAACCAAGCCUCCCCUCAGAGCGCUGGUCGCGCGCCUGAUCACGAUUGCUGGGCGUCCAAGACCGGAGAAGAGGACGAAGAAGUGCGUACGGGGUCCCCAGACGGAACCAAGGCCGGUGGCCAGUGCACGGUUACGCAGGAUGACGCUUGCACAGCAAGGGUCUGCGGUGGCAGCGGUGCCAACGUCGCGUCCACGGCCGACAUCGCCACCACCAGCGAAGGCUCAUGUGCCCAUGCUAAAGCAUCGCGGCGAGGUUUGGUCUUGGGUGAUAGGCCGCAGCCGGAGGAGGCGACUGAGGGUUCUGGUGGCCCCGGCAGCCCUUGCAAGGAGGCCGCUGUCAAGGCGGGCCCCAAAGAAGCCGCUGGGGAGGGCUGUGAGGAGGGCGCACCCGUGUCACCUGCCUCAUCCUGCGGAAGUAUUCCGCUCGCCCCGCAUGCUGAAGUGAUCAAGAUCAAGUUUGCGGACUGGGAAGCACUGCAGCAGGACGCCAAGUGUGCGCCUGGCGAGGUCGCAAGCGACUGCGCCAGCCCAGAUGUGUCGCCGGUGUCCAGCUGCGAGAGCGGCGAGUCACCUGCGCAGGACACGGCGGGCAGUGGUUGGGCUGAGGACAACGACAAGGGCCUCGCAAUGCUGCCGAGCCCUUUGCCCCAGGCUGCCAGGCCGCCCACUGGC